UAUACAAGAUGAGGAUGAUGAUGAUGAUCAGUGUGAUUUGGCUGCAGGUGGCCAUAGCACUAUGUGUGCCAGUGGUAAAAGAUAAAACCCGCUUCAUAGAAGAGAAAUGUAAUGACCCCAAUGAGGAGUAUACAUGUGGUCCCUCUUAUGAGAAAAAUUGUGCCAAUCGGUUUAAACAUCCCAUAGUACUUUUAAAGAUAUGUUGUCCUGGUUGCUUCUGCAAUGUUGGCUACCUAAAGAACAGUGCAGGAAUCUGUGUCCUCGAAAGAGACUGUGACAAAGAACUGUGAGUGAGGAUAAACAAAUGAUAAACGAAUAAAGUGCUGUGAUUCCAAAUUGUAUUCAGACUUUAUAUGUCUCUUAAAAACUGCUUUCCUAAUAAAACAUUUGUUGUAUGUUA